GGUAUUCGAUAACGUCCUUAUUACAAUUAAAAACUACUGUAAAUACAAUGGAUAACAUUAAUGCACUUCCAAUUGAGGUUUUAGAGCACAUCUUUAACUACCUCAGCGUGAAAACCUGGAAUACUUGUUGCUUAGUGUGUAGCCUUUGGUAUAACAUUUUGCGCGGCACGCAAUUCCAACGCCGGUACUGUUUAUCGAUGAAUCGUACGUUUGAAGAACCGCUGCCGGAAGCGGAGAGGCGAAUUUUUCCAAUUUUUCACAACAUUGCCUUAGUUCAAUGGGUAGAUAAUGAUGAUGAUGACGACGAUGACGAUGAUGAAGAAGAUGAAGUCAGUCGACAGUUUUGGUUUGCAGAACACCCACACGAAAGUGAUGAGCCUUUUAGCUUAAGGUAUCUUUUUGAACCAAAACCCGAAAGUAAUAUCCACGAGUUGUUAUUUCGCCUUGAGCUGGAUUUUGAAAGUCUCGAGCUGUGCAUCCCAUUUGAUAGUUAUCGAGAUAUUGUAGGAAACAGCUUACGCCAAAUAAAAAACCUACGCGAGUUUAUAUUAAAACUGUGCAGAGAUCCAACUCAUCCAUCAAAUCGAAAUCGGUGGGUCAUAGAGCAUGAUCGAAUCGAAACCCUCUCGAUCGAUUUAACUGUAACUAAAGUGGAAUUCAGUGCCAUACUGCCGAACUUAAAAACACUUGCUUUAUUAACAGAUUGCGGUUGGGGCUUUCAAAUAAUAGAAAAGCAUUGCGCACAAUUGCAAUCGCUUGAAGUUCAGUUCCAAGAUGCUGAAACAAUGGAUAAAAUGUUGUCGCUGACGUUUUCUAAUUUGACUAAUUUACAAGUCCAACUAUGUCAUGAUAGGGCUUUACAAGAGCAUUAUAAACUAACACGAAAUAACCUUGCGGACAAGGAAACAGAAGAAAAAUUUAUUAGGGAAAUGCCAAAGCUGAAAAAACUGUUCGUGGAAAGCAAUCUACUGAUGUAUCGCAUCGCAGGUCCCCUCUCGCGGUUCGCCCAUCACCUGGAGGAGUUAACCUUAGAAUGCCAACAAAUCGAUUUUCCGCAAUUGAAAGCAAUCGAGACGAUUCCUAAUCUGAAGAUUUUCCGUCUACUCUACUCCAGAGUAGCAUCGACAAGAACAUUACCCAUGCUGAACAUGCCUUUGCUGAAAAAACUAUCAUUACUAAACAAUGAAUCGCAUGUGACAUUCAACGGUGGUCUUUGCAAUUUGAAAUCGCUUAAAGUGACGUUCUGGACAAGGAAUAGUUACAAGGCCUUGCACAAAAUUUGCCAAAAUUUACCCAAAUUAGAACGGCUAGAGUUGCUAGUGUAUUCAAAGUUAGGGAAUACAGCGUUUCGAGAGUUGCAUAAAUUAACCAAAUUGGUUUCGCUUCGAAUCAAGAACUGUCAAUUGAAAUCUAUCCAUUGGAGCCAUUGCUCGAUCAGCUCGAAUGUACGGAGGAUAGAGUUCACCGACUGCCGGUUAGAUUUGCACAUGCUGCUAAAGAUUCUAACCCUGUUUCCUGGUCUAAGGGAACUCUUCGUGGAUAGUUCUAACGUGGCAUAUACUGACGCCUAUGAUAGCAGCGACGAUGCUAGAUACCACUGCUUGCAACAGCUACGCGCACUUCUACCGAACUGUGCUAUUUCCUUACCCAAGUCAUCUUUUAUUCAGGACUGAUAAUAA